GAAGAAAUUUCUCUUCAGUUCUCUUGCACUUCUUCCCACCACUUCUCGUUAUAUCGAGGUAAGUGUUCAGUCUGGCCCCAUGCACUUCUUACAAUAAGCAACCCCCUCCACACACUCGCGAACGAACGGUGAUGAUACAUUCAUCAGCUGAGCAGAUAUAUAUAUCGUGCUGAAAAACACUAGACUACAGCGGUAUCUGAGUUCCCUUCGCUUCAGUUGUGGCGGGCGGUUUUCACCCCAAUUGAUUUUUGGUUUUCUGCUGGGGAUGUGGCUAAAUCGAGCUUUUACUUUUUCAGAUUGUCAACAGUGGAUGAUACUGCAACCUUUCCGCAUCAUCGGCAGUGAUCAGUGACGCGGUUGGAUCAACUCCUGACCUCGUCGCCGG